UUAAAUUCCCCCCCAGCGUCCACAUCCCGGUCAGAUUGGGCCCGGAGGUCAGUCGGAAGCCUCCGGCUAGUGGCAAGACAGGACCUGAGUCCGCGUAUUAGGCGCAGCAGGGAGUUGGAAAUGUGCGUCUAGAGAGGGACAACGGCUCUGGGCACCUGCCUCCGCUCACCCACCGAGGUCCUAUCCGCCCGCCCUGGCCCCGACCCGUGCUGCCCUGGGGUAGGAAAAGGAGUCUCAGCUGCAGCUUCUGACCGCCCGGAGUACCUCGCUCAGAGUCGCUCAAAAGUAGGUUCCCAAGGUUCGGAGCCGCGCGGUAUGGGUACCGAGAAUGAAAGCCCAGAACCGGACUGCCAGAAGCAGUUCCAGGCCGCAGUCAGUGUCAUUCAGAACCUGCCUAAGAAUGGCUCUUACCGCCCCUCCUAUGAAGAAAUGCUGAGAUUUUAUAGCUACUACAAACAAGCUACCAUGGGGCCCUGCCUGGUCCCCCGGCCUGGGUUCUGGGACCCAAUUGGACGAUAUAAGUGGGAUGCCUGGAACAGCCUAGGGAAGAUGAGCAGAGAGGAAGCCAUGUCUGCCUACAUCAGUGAGAUGAAGCUGGUGGCACAGAAGGUGAUCGACACAGUGCCCCUGGGCGAGGUGGCAGAGGACAUGUUUGCUUACUUCGAGCCCCUGUACCAGGUGAUCCCUGAUAUGCCGCGGCCCCCGGAAACCUUCCUGAGAAGGGUCACAGGCUGGAAAGAGCAGGCACCGAAUGGAGGGGCUGGGGCUGCCCCAGAGUUUCCCUGCCUCCCCCGGGAGCCAGCAGUCCCAAAUCCAGAGUCCCAGCCACCUAGGGACCUGGACUCAGAGGUUUUCUGUGAUUCCCUGGAGCAGCUGGAGCCCGAGCUGCAGGUCUGGACAGAGCAGAGGGGAGCCCCUGGGGGAGAGCCUGAGCCCAGAAACAGCUCCCUGCUCCCUGCAGAGAAAGAGGGCAGCCCGCUGGGGCCCCAGGAAUUGGACACGUGGCUGGUGGGGACAGUUCACGCGCUGCAGGAGAGCAUGCGAGAUGUGCAGGGUAGACUGCAGAACCUGGAGGGCAGGCCCCGCCUCCUCGAGCAGAGUGGUGUGGCUCAUGAUGCAGACAGGCCAGGCAGGGGGGCUGCAGCGCCUCCACCCUGGAAGGGAGAAUGGGAAAGGCGCUCCUUUCCUGCUCUUACUUCCCGGCUAGAAGAGACACUGAACACGAGGACUAAUUCCAACAGAUCUGCUCGGCCCUUACACCUCUGCUCCUGAGCUCCUGCAGAAUCAGUCGCUGCCACCAUUCUCGGAGCCCCAGCUGAGUGGCAGACGCGUACUCCCCGUAUCUCAUUUAAUCCGCACAACCCUGGGAAUUUGUUUUGCUUUUAUCAUUUCCCAUUUACAGAAGAGGAAACCAAGUCUCUGAGAGGCUGGGUAAUUCACCUGAGAGCUCGCAGCCCAGAGGAACCUCACAGAGCUGCUAUGAGGCUUAGAUGAGAUAGUGCCCAUUACACAGAAAGGCCUUCUCCAAUGGGCUUCAUUGUUACUAUUACUCUUAGUAUUAACAUCCCGUGAUGGAGCUGCGAGCAGCCUCAGAUCUUCCUCCAGAGCUGGGACUCCCCACUGACGGAGUAGGUCUGUUCUUGAGAAGCCUGGGGUGGUGGGGCCAGGAAACGGCUGAAUUGCUAGGCAUGGGGAUCACGUGGGUGACCCGAACUCCCUUGACACCGUGGGUGUCCGCCAGGGUGGCAGGAAUUCCCUCGGACCCACCUUUCAACGCCCACCCCCGCAAGGCUUUAUUUAUUGAUUUU